UUAUAAUACUAUUUUAACGAAUGUUAUUAAUAAAUCAACAUCUUAAUACUUAGACUAAAAUACUUAACUUACUAUGUAAAAUUAUAUACAUAUAAAAAAUAACUUUUACAUCUAAGAUCGAUAUUUUUUAUUUGGUGCAGGCCAGUACCAUCUUUAUCACUUAUCGACUUACCUAUAUUCGUCGUAAGAAAGUUGAGUGUGUUUAGAAGAAAGUUUUUGAGUUAAAUGUUGUAUGAUUAAGGACUAACAAGCAUAAGAUUAAAGAUACUCUACGUUUUUACAUAAUGGGCGAUAUUAUAAAAGGAUUUUUGAUAUCUUUAUUGACUGAAAAAUGCUUCAACGAAUACUUUUUAAAGUACAAUUUCCUGGAUGUUCCAUGCCUUAAAAGUAGUCUAAGCAAAGGUCUGGGUAUUGGUAUAAUUGCUGGCUCAAUUUUAGUAAAGGUGCCUCAAAUUCUAAAAAUUACUAAUAGCAGGAGUGCUAAAGGUAUCAAUAUUUAUGGGGUUUUUCUUGAAUUAUUUGCAAUUACUGCCAACUUUACCUACAGCUAUGUAAUGAACUUUCCUUUCAGUGCAUGGGGCGAAGGAACAUUUCUGGCUCUUCAAACAGCUGCAAUUGCAGCUCUUGUACUCCAUUAUAGUGGAUCUCCAAUGCAAGCUGCAUUAUUCUUGUCUAUAUAUCCCGCUGUUGUCUCAGCAUUAGUCAGUGGUUAUACUCCUGUUGAUGUUCUAUGGACAAUGCAAGCUGUUAAUGUUCCUAUUAUAUUAGUUGCCAAGGCAAUUCAAGUUAUAACUAACUACAAGAAUCGCAGUACUGGACAAUUAUCAGCAGUGACAUGUUGCCUUCUAUUUGCGGGCAGUAUUGCAAGAAUAUUUACAUCGAUCCAGGAAACAGGAGACCUAAUAAUUAUAGUCACAUUUUGUGUUUCAACUAUAGCUAAUGGUGCUAUUGUCUUCCAACUGUUUUGGUAUUGGAAUGUUGACACAAGUGUAUCUACCAAAAACAAGAACAAAAAGAAGAAACGCACAUAGAUGCUGUUUUUAAUUUUAAUAAACAAGUAUUUAUAUCUUACAAC